UUACCGCCAAAUGACCGAUAAUUUCUAUCGGUUGCAAUAAAUAUCGAACAGAUACAGACUGAAAAUCAACACAAGAUAGGCAACCCUAACAGUGCUCACACGGAAAUUUGGCAACACUGUUCGAUCAAUUGAGACGAAAAAUGUUUACAAAAUGCAUUAAUUGUUGUGGCUUAAUAAUUAUUUAUGUUCUAUUUGCAUGCCUUUUGGUCGAAAACUGUGUUGCACUGAAACGGACACUGCGCCACUACGAAGUUUUCCACAAAGAUGAUGUUGUACACAGGAUUGUCAAGAGGGGUGCUAAACAAAGUAAUAAUCCAUACAACACCAUAAAGGAGCUGGAGUUUAAGACUCUGGGCAAGAAUUUUCGUCUGAUAUUACAUCCACACCGCGAUGUGCUCCACAGCAAGUUUCGAGCUUAUGCUGUGGAUGCGGAUGGAAAUGAGACAGUAGUGCACUUGGAUCAUGACAAUUUUUAUACGGGUCGCGUUUUUGGCGAAUUGGAAUCGUCGGUGCGCGCACACAUUGAGGAUGGAUCCUUGACCAUGUCCAUUGAACUGCCCGAAGAAACCUACCACAUAGAGCCUUCCUGGCGCCAUUUACCCACAGCCAAGAAACACACAAUGGUGGCCUACAAAUCAUCCGAUGUCAAACUCAAUCAUAACGAACAAGGUGACGUACCCAAAACCUGCGGAUAUAUUAAAGAAGGCCGCGAGUUGGAAAGCAAUGACAUUGACCAUUUAACACGCGAGAAGCGACAGGCGGAUCAAUAUGAAUAUACGCCCACUAAAACGCGAUGUCCACUCCUGCUGGUCGCCGACUAUCGUUUCUUUCAGGAAAUGGGCGGUGGCAAUACCAAGACAACUAUCAAUUACCUAAUAAGCCUUAUUGAUCGCGUACAUAAAAUCUAUAACGAUACGGUAUGGCAGGAUCGUUCCGAUCAGGAGGGAUUCAAAGGCAUGGGCUUUGUUAUCAAAAAGAUUGUUGUACAUUCGGAGCCAACACGUCUGCGUGGCGGCGAAGCUCAUUAUAAUAUGAUUCGGGAAAAAUGGGAUGUACGCAAUUUGCUUGAGGUCUUUUCCCGGGAAUACAGCCAUAAAGACUUUUGCUUAGCUCAUCUUUUUACCGAUCUCAAAUUCGAAGGUGGCAUUUUAGGCUUGGCUUACGUUGGCUCCCCACGCCGCAAUUCUGUGGGUGGCAUUUGCACACCAGAAUACUUCAAGAACGGCUAUACGCUUUAUUUAAACUCGGGCCUAAGCAGCUCACGUAAUCAUUAUGGUCAGCGCGUGAUCACACGCGAGGCUGACCUGGUAACUGCUCAUGAAUUUGGACAUAACUGGGGAUCUGAACAUGAUCCCGACAUACCUGAAUGCUCACCCAGUGCCUCGCAAGGUGGCAGCUUUCUCAUGUACACAUACUCCGUUAGCGGCUAUGAUGUCAAUAACAAGAAAUUCUCACCAUGUUCGCUGCGCUCCAUACGCAAAGUGCUGCAGGCCAAGUCUGGUCGUUGCUUCUCAGAGCCAGAGGAAUCGUUUUGUGGAAACCUGCGUGUUGAAGGAGACGAGCAAUGCGAUGCUGGACUGCUGGGCACCGAGGACAAUGACUCUUGCUGUGACAAGAACUGCAAGUUGCGCCGCAAUCAGGGCGCCAUGUGCAGCGACAAGAAUUCACCGUGCUGCCAAAACUGUCAGUUCAUGCCAGCGGCAAUGAAAUGCCGCGAAGCACAGUACGCAACCUGUGAGCAGGAGGCACGCUGCACAGGCUCCCACGCCGAGUGCCCGAAAUCACCGGCCAUGGCAGAUGGUACUAUUUGCCAGGAACGAGGCCAGUGCCGGAAUGGCAAGUGCGUGCCGUACUGUGAGACGCAGGGAUUGCAGAGUUGCAUGUGCGAUAUCAUUGUGGAUGCCUGCAAACGCUGUUGUCGGAUGAGCAUCAAUGAGACUUGUUUCCCAGUGGAGCCGCCAGAUGUACUGCCCGACGGCACACCCUGCAUAACAGGCUUCUGUAACAAGGGAGUUUGCGAGAAGACCAUACAAGACGUUGUCGAACGUUUCUGGGACAUUAUUGAGGAGAUCAAUGUGGCGAAGACAUUGCGCUUUCUCAAAGACAACAUUGUCAUGGCUGUUGUGAUGGUUACCGCUGUCUUUUGGAUUCCUGUCAGCUGCGUCAUCUCAUAUUUUGAUCGCAAGAAGCUGCGUCACGAGAUGAAACAAAUUGAAUGGAGUCACAAAUUGGAUCUCAUACAUCCCAGCGACGAGAGGCGUCGUGUAAUACACAUACGCGUUCCACGACAAAAGAUCUCGGUAGCGAGAGCUUGUAAUUAACAUAGAACGCGGUGGCGGCUAUUGUUUUAUCUUCCGUGAGCAUUCUUCUCAAAACUGCCACAAUUAUUUUAUAUAUUAAGUAUAACAAUUGAACCACAUAACAUAAUGAAUAAAAUUCCCAAUAAUAUAGACAA